AUGGUCUCUCGGGUGCGUGUCGACCUUGUCGACCUUUACGACGGUUGUCCCGUGAGGGUCUUCUCGUCCGACAAACCUCUGCCGCCCCAACCCGCCCAGAAGCCGACAGAAACUACCGACCAGCCUUCCACCGUCCCAACGCAACCCUCGUCCCAGUCAAAGGAGCCGACGGUGAUCGACACGACGCAGCCCCCGCCAUAUUCGGCUGCUGCGGAAGGAGUGCAGUCGUCCAGGCCGGACGACGCAUUUCCACCGGAGAAUCCGCGUGCGCGAAAGGUGCUGAACGGGAAAGUGGUGGGCGAGGAGAAGGUGGAUAAGGGGCUCGUUGAUGUGGGAUGGGAAAAACCUGCAGGGGGACAACUCGUCAGCGGGCUGGAUAACGAGAACCUGUGGGCGCUGAUUAGAAGGUUCAAUCAGCAACUUUACCACGUCAGAGCAGUAGAAGGCCCGCUUCCUGGCGGCUUGGACCUGUGGCCGGCAGAUGAGGAAGAGUUUGCACCCGAGAAACUGCGCAGUCAGAUUGAGCGUGUGUAUGCCACGGUGGUCAUCGGUCUCGCAGCAUUUGCAAAGCACAUCGCGCGACUACGUUCGUGGAACGAGCGCAAUCGAACUAUUGCCUGGUUGGUGGGUUACUGCGUCGCCUGGGCACUGAACAUCAUCUUCCCCGCCUUCCUGACCCUCAUCCUGACCCUCAUCCUUUCUCCCCCCGCGCGUGCGUUCCUCUUCCCCCCUGCGCCUCUCGCAGCAGUGUCCGCCUCGACGGGGACGCUGCAGCAACCGCGCUCCGGGCAACUGGACAGCAAGGACUCGCUGACGGGCGCGCCGGAGCGGUACCGCGGCGAGGCCGUUGAGCACGAGGCGUCGAACUUUGUCACGAGUCUCGCGGGGCUGGCGGCGGGAACGGCCAUCGGGAAGGGCCCGGAGGAGGCGCGGUCGGAUAGGAAGGCUGACGAGGGCGUUGUGGAUAACGAGGCGCUGCCCGGCGCGGAUAAGGAACUUGGGCGGGGCGUGCCGGAUGUGGGCGAGAUGAUCGUGGGCGCGGGGGAGUUGAAGGAGGUGAGCAGCGGGAAUAAGCCGAAGGGGGAGGUGGAUAGCACGAAGGAGCCGGUGAAUCAGGCGAUGUGGGAGAAGACGCGCCCGGCGAUGAGAGCGGUUGCGGGUAUUGCGGAUGUUUGGGAGAUGUUUGCAAAUGCCUUGUCGCCCACUCCGCCGUUUGGGCACGCUGUCAGGUUUAGGCUUGCGGGGAUGAUUGCCCCGCUCGUGUUGGGAUCGUUGUUCCUGGACGAGAGGAUGGUGUAUCGUGGCACUACAUUUAUACUUGGGAUUGCAUUCUUCGGCCAGCUCGUCCUCGUCAGAGGCAUGGAAUGGUUCGUGAGGAAGGUUCCCAACUGGAGGUGGUAUCUUGAGCCGCGCAACACCUUCCUGAAAGGAGCGCCGACAAAUGCCCAGCUUACGCUUACUCUCCUAAGGAUUGCUGAAGCCCACAAGGCGCCACUGCCCCCUCCGCCAUCGCGCGAUGCGCACGAGCCUCCUCCGGAACGCCCGACGACCCCGUUAUCGAAGGAUGACAUGCCCAUGGAAGUCUCUCAAGCCGAGCUCGACUCCAUCCAGCACCCAGACUUGCAGAAGCAGGCAGAGAAAGAGGCGCAGAGGGAGGAAAAGCCCAAGAAGCAGCACCGGCUCCUGAACUUCAUCAGGGGCACCGCGCGAACGGGCGUGAGCACGAUCAUGGGCGUGGACCAGGUGCGCGCGAAGACGAUCGGGGACGAGCACGCGAAGCGCCGGCUGGGGGUGCUGCACGGGCACGACCACAAGUCCGAGCACUCGGAGGGCCCGACAGCGUUCAACUGCCGGUACGAGGGGAAGAAGGGCGUGGUGAUCAUCAGCACGCAGGCGACGAGCCCGUGCGUGUCGUUCGAGCCGGCGGGGAAGGACGACCCAAAGUGGAGCGUCGCGAUUAGCGAUAUCAGGGAGCUGAAGAAGGUGGGCGGCUUGGGGGCGAAGGGGAGGCUGGUCGUUGGGUAUGCGCUAGGGAUGGAGAUUGUGGAUGGGCUGGAGAUUGUGGACCGCGAGGGGAAGGCGAGACUGUGUACGGCGGUGGAGAAGAGGGAGGAGUUGUUUAACCGACUGGUUGCGCUGGAUGGUCAGAAGUGGGAGUGCUUGUGA